CUUAAAAAAAUAAAUAAAUAAAAAAAAUACUAUAAAUUUCAAUUUCACUGAAACUCAAAAUAAUCUCAAUUUUUCCUCCAUUGUUGUUACCUUGAGAGUUUUGGGUUUUAUUGGAAAAAAAUGGAGGGUGGUGAUGUAUCUGCGGAAGGGAAAGUGGCUUGUGCAUCGUGGAUCAAACGGCCGGAAAACAGGCAUCUGGUGGUGAUUGGAAAGUCGAGCGGAACUUGUUCUUCGCUCGAGAUUUUCUCCUUUAAUUCAGAGACUACUUCUCUUUCUUCUUCUCCCAAGGCGACGUAUGUGUUGGAGGAAGGUGGAGAUCCAGUAACGAUUGCGGUACAUCCUAGUGGGGAUGAUUUUGUGUUCUCCACCACUACUGGUUGCAAGUUGUUUGAGUUAUAUGGUCAUGAAGAUAAUAUUAAACUUGUGCACAAGGAGUUCCCUUUCCAAGAUGUUGGUCCACAAAAAUGCAUGGCCUUUAGUGUUGAUGGCUCCAAAUUAGCCACAGGCGGAGUUGAUGGACAUUUUAGACUUUUUGAGUGGCCAAACAUGCGCAUUAUUGUGGAUGAACCUAAAGCUCACAAGUCAUUCAGAGACAUGGAUUUCAGCUUAGAUUCAGAGUUCUUAGCUUCCACGUCCACAGAUGGUGCUGCCAGAAUAUGGAACACAAAUGACUGUGUUCCAGUAACUUUGUCACGAAAUUCAGAUGAGAAUAUUGAGCUCUGCAGGUUUUCUAAAGAUGGGACAAAACCGUUUUUGUUCACUACUGUCCAGAAAGGCAAUAAGACAUUGAUUGCAGUUUGGGACAUCACUACAUGGAAGAAAAUUGGACAUAAAAGCCUGUUAAAAAAGCCAGCUUCCAUUAUGACAAUUAGUUUGGAUGGGAAAUAUCUUGCAUUGGGAAGCAAAGAUGGUGAUGUCUGUGUUAUUGAUGUGACAAAUAUGGAGAUCUCCUCUUUGCACAAGAGAAUGCACUUGGGUACUAAUAUUACUUCUUUGGAGUUUUGUCCUAGUGAAAGGGUUGCUCUUACCACUUCAUCUCAAUGGGGAGUAAUGGUGACUAAGUUAAAUGUCCCAACCGAUUGGAAAGAGUGGCAGAUUUAUCUAUUACUCUUGGGAUUGUUUUUGGCAUCAGCUAUUCUAUUUUAUGUGUUCUUCGAGAAUUCUGAUUCUUUCUGGAACUUCCCGGAUCCAUCUACAAGACCAAAGAUUGAGACCCUCCAUGUUGAUGCAACAUCUGAAGAACAAUGGAGCAGCUUUGGACCUGUAGAUUUGUAAGCUCUCCUAGCUUUUCCGUCGGAUUUCAGGAUGGCAGAACUGAAGAAAGAUUAUUAUGAAAUAAGUCUAGUUUGGAGGCAUUUUAUUAAGCUUUCAACAUGUAUACCUUCUAAUGGAUGGAUUGUUAAAAAUAUGAGGCUAAUAUUGCCUCUUUUUGGGUGUUGUUAAUCUCUCUUUAAGAUUUAUUUGAUCCUAGAAGAAAAUAUUGACGCUGCAUACUGUAAAAUAUUUUAGUGUGGCUAGUUUCUUGGAAUGACCAAUAUAUGGAUGCAAACAAGAAAAACUUGAAAUUCCUCCCUUAUUUGUGA